CUGAUCCACACUGGAGAGAGACCGUUCAGCUGUGGAGACUGUGGAAAGUCUUUUACCCACUCUGGAAACUUAAAAGCACACCAACUGAUCCACACUGGAGAGAGACCGUUCAGCUGUGGAGACUGUGGAAAGUCUUUUACCUACCCUGGAAACUUAAAAACACACCAACUGAUCCACACUGGAGAGAGACCAUUCAGCUGUGAUGAGUGUGGAAAGUCUUUUACCCAGUCUGGAAGCUUAAAAACACACCAAUUCCUCCACGGUGGAGUUAAAGCGUACAGCUGUGAAGAGUGUGGGAAGGAUUUUAUUAAGAAGGAUUCACUACAAAUCCAUCAGGUCAUCCACACUGGAGAGAGACCGUUCAGCUGUGACUUGUGUGGAAAGUCUUUUUCCUGGAAGAAAGCCCUAAAAAGACACCAUCUCAUCCACAGUGGACUUAAAGCGUACAGCUGUGAUCAGUGUGGCAGAGCUUUUACUCACAGUAGCAGCUUACGGAGUCAUCUAGUUACCCACUCUGGAAUUAAGGCAUACAGCUGUGACAUUUGUGGAAAAACUUUCAGCCAUGUAGGGUACAGAAAUAUUCACCUACGCGACGUUCGCGAUAAAAAGUAA